AUGGCAUCUCCGUGUAAUAUCUCUACUAUUCCCUACCCAGAAUUACCCGGUGCUUCAUUUCUCUCUGGAACAGCAGUACCAGUCCUAAAUUAUACCGGGUCAAUUUUACCACUUAACCAAGGAGCCACUACCAAUAUCACUUCACUGGACUUCUGCAACGUAACACUUACAUACACGCAUCCGGGUCAAAACGAUACUGUCAAUGUGAAAAUCUAUUUACCUUCUUCUUCAUCAUCCUGGAAUGGUCGAUUCAUGGCAACAGGCGGUGGUGGAUUCAAUACCGGCUAUGUCGAAACAUAUUUGAUCCCUCCUGUGGCCGAUGGCUAUGUGACAGCUGGUACAGAUGGUGGUCACUAUGUUGACAACGAGGAUCCCAAUACCACUGGAUUCUACGCAACAAACUGGGCUCAAGUAUCACCUGGAAAUGUCAAUUCAUAUCUCCUACAGAAUUUCGCCGCGGUUUGCCUCAAUGAUAUGACGAUAAUUGGAAAAUCCGUUGCAUCUUCUUAUUACGGGAAGAAACCGGAUUAUUCAUACUGGAAUGGCUGUUCGACAGGGGGACGACAAGCUAUGAUGAUGGCACAGCGAUAUCCAGAAGGAUAUGAUGGGAUUUUAGCUGGUGCGCCGGGAAUCAAUUGGGCAGAAUUUAUUCCAGCUUUGUAUUGGCCUCAGUUCAUCAUGAAUCAACUAGGAGUCUAUCCUAGUUCGUGCGAAUUCGACGCGAUUACCGCUGCCGGAGUCCAAGCUUGCGAUGGACUUGACGGUGUUAUAGACGGUCUCCUGAGUGCCCCGGAACUUUGCAAUUUCCAAGCCAAUUCAACGGUUGGAAGAAAUGUGAGUUGUUCAGAUGGAAGUACGUUGAUCGUUACCUCGGAGGCAGCCAUGGUCGCUCAGGCAGCUUGGGAGGGUCCCAAGGCCGAGGAUGGAAGCUUUCUGUGGUACGGAUUAAAUCCUUCGAGUCCUCUCAGCACCGGGACCGCCAUAACUCUGUGUACGGAUGGAAAUACGAAUUGUACGGGGAUCCCGGUUCCAUUCGCUUCCGAUUGGAUUAAUCUCUUUGUUGUGAAAAAUGCAUCGUUUCCUCUUAAUAAUGUCACCCAGCAAGAAUUCACACGUCUUAUACAUUCAUCUGUCCAACAAUAUGCAUCGAUCAUCGGAACUGCGGAUCCUGAUCUCUCGGCAUUCAAAGAAAUGGGAGGAAAACUUCUUUCGUGGCAUGGUUUAUCGGAUCAACUUAUUCCUCCGCUUGGGACAACAAAGUAUUAUCGGGAAGUCGAGCAGAGGGAUCUGAAUGUGAGAGAUUUUUAUAGACUCUUUGAAGCGCCGGGUGUGCAGCAUUGUUGGAGUGGUAAUGGUCCAUAUCCGGUGGAUAUGAUGGGGGCUUUGGUUCGAUGGGUGGAGCAGGGUGUGGCGCCCGAUGUACUGGCGGCAAGGACAACGGCGAAGGGAAAUACAACGGUGAUUGAGAGGAAUUUGUGUGCAUAUCCGUUGGUGGCGAAGUAUGUUGGUGGGGAUUCUAAUGUAGCGAGCUCAUUUGUGUGUAGUUUGGAGUUUUAA